GUCUGUAGGGGGAAACAUUCCUUACAGUCAAUCCAAUAUCAUAAAAGCUCUUGAAAGUGGAUCCUUGUAAAGAGCCUAGAAGGAACCAUGAGCUACAAUCGAGAGGAUUGUUAUUUCUUUUUCACAUCAACAUGCAUAAAGGGGGAUCACUGUAAGUUCCGGCACAGUGAAGCUGCCAGGGGAUGCAAAAUUAUAUGCAACAACUGGCUGGAGAACCGUUGCUUUAGAAGGGACUGCAUGCUUCGUCACUCAUAUAUGACGGGCUACAGAAAAAUGAAAUCCAACAGGCACAACCCAGUAAAGAAUCAUCGAAACCUAUCCUACAAAAUAAAGCUAAAUAGACAGGAAGAAAAGAAUGUCACCCUCAAGACUGAGAAAUCAGAGCGUACUGUUCUCCAAAACUAUCAUGAUGGAAUUGCCAAAAUCACAGAAGCCAUGGAGAAGCUUAAGCUGGACGACGGGGACGAGGUCGACUUGUAUGUACGUUAUCAAAAAAUAUCAGCCAAAUAUCUCUUCCCCUUACCUAAUAUCUCAUAUGCAAUGCUUGUCAAACUGUAAAACAUGAAUUGAACGACAAAGCAGUUCAACUUACCCUGAAAAUGGAACCCUGGGCUGUUUUUCUGUGGGAAUGUAUACAUUUGAUGGCGUGUGACAAUCCCUGGUGAUCUUUAUCACAAAUCAUCUUUAACAAUCUGUC